AUGGAGAUUAGAAUCGAAGUUGUUGAAAACCCGAAUAUAAGGUAUCCAAUACGUACCUAUGAUGGACAGAAACAUGGUGCAAUUUUCACAGAGGAAGACAAGCUUGCAAAAACGGCUUUCCGGUAUGCUUUGUCCAAGCAUAACGAUAUUAAAACAAACCCUUUUGCCUUGGCUGCCUAUAUAGAUGAAAUAGAUGUAUCUGACAGCUUCACCCUCGCGUCAGCAAUUUGUGAUAGAAUGGCUGAUGGAGUUUUUCUCUUUUUCGGUGUCAAAAACAUGACAUCAUUAGAUAUUGUACAAUCAUUUACAAAAACUUUCCACAUGCCUUACUUGUCACCAAGCACAUCCAUGUGGACUCCGAAGUCAGAAUUUGGGUAUGAGGUACACUUGAAACCAGACUUUUCAUACGCUAUUAUGGACAUGAUCCUGUAUUUUGAAUGGCCAAAAGUCCAUUACGUCUACGAUUCAGAUGAAGGUCUACAGCACAUGCAGCUUGUAUUAUCUCAGCUUAGGGAAGUUAUGGAAGCCGGUCAUCCAUUUAACGUCAAACUUGUGGCUCGUAGAUUAUACAACGUUACGCAUGCGCAUGAUGAAUUACGUCAGCUUGAUAAAGUAGAAUCCGACCAGGACAAACAUAAGUUCAUUGUAUUUGACCUCUCAUCGGAAAAGGCUUAUAGACAUAUUUUACGACAGAUUCCAGAGGUUGGAAUGAACAAGGAUGGAUAUCAUUACCUGAUUGCUACACUGGAUUUUGCCAAUAUGGACAUGCGGCGCUAUCUGCACGGUGGUGUAAAUAUAACAGGAUUUCAGCUGAUUGAUUUAGAGAGUAAAGUUUUGGCAAAUUUUAUCAAAGAAUGGAAUAAUAUUGAUCACAGCUCCCUUCCCGAUUCUCGCAACUCACUUUCAGAUACAACGUUGACGUAUGAAGCGGCAUUAGCAGUUGACGCCAUAGCUGUGAUAGAACGGGCUCUAAAAGGCAUGGUAACGGAAAACUCGAAAAUAUUUCAGUCUACUUUUCGACGAAAGGAGGUUUACAAUAACAACCGUACAAAAGGUAUUCCGUGUACAACACACCCUCCUAUUCCAUGGAUGCAUGGUGCCGCUAUUAUGGAACAAAUAAAGAGGCUUGACUUUGAAGGCCUUACUGGACGGAUCAACUUUGAUAGCGAGGGGUAUAGACGCGAUUACAAACUGGAUGUUUAUACUGUUGGGCUAGAUACAGGACCAACAAAGAUUGGUUCUUGGAGUCCAUAUGGUCAGUUUGGGAGUUUGUAUGAUGUUCCGGACAAUACUCCGUACGACUUGAACGGAGAAAGACCCAUAAUUAUAACAAGUAUAGAAUCGGCGCCAUUUUUGAUGAUAAAGAAGCCAGAUAAGAAUGGAAAGCCUUUGUUAGGGAAUGACAGAUUUGAAGGAUAUGUUAAAGAUCUUGCUGAAAAAAUUAGUGAGAAAUAUAAAUUUGAAUACGAAAUAAGACUGGUGAAUGACAGUAGGUAUGGAGCUUUUGUCAAGAAAAAUGGCACGUGGGACGGUAUGAUUGGUGAGCUAAUACGGCACGAAGCUGACAUUUGUAUUGCACCGUUAACAAUUACAUACGAUAGGGAAAAGGUUGUAGAUUUCUCGAAACCUUUUAUGAAUUUUGGCAUCAGUAUAAUGAUUAAGAAACCAGAAAUUAUGAAACCAGGCGUGUUUUCUUUCAUGGAACCACUGGAGGCCAAAAUUUGGAUCUGUGUUGUGUUUGCGUACAGUUCCGUUAGUGUGGGGCUGUUUUUGGUUGGUCGGUUUAGCCCGUUUGAGUGGAAUUCGUCAAACAGCGGGCCAAUAGGAGACCAUUUUGGAAUCCUCAACUCUCUCUGGUUUGCUAUGGGUGCCCUUAUGUUACAAGGAAGCGACUCAUGUCCUAGGUCAUUCUCUGGACGUGUUAUAGGCACAGUGUGGUGGUUUUUCGUCUUGAUCAUUAUAUCUUCAUACACUGCCAAUUUAGCUGCCUUCCUCACUAUAGAGCGGAUGCAUGUACCAAUCGAGUCCGCAGACGAUCUCUCAAUGCAGACAGAUAUAAAAUAUGGAAUUCUAGGAUCGGGCUCCACCAGGGAAUUUUUUAAAAACUCAAAAGUGCCUGUGUAUGAACGGAUGUGGAAUUACAUGUCUGCUAAUCCAUCUGUGUUUGUAAAGAGUAACGUAGAAGGGAUUGAAAGAGUGAAGAAAUCAAAAGGGAAGUAUGCUUAUCUGCUGGAAUCUCCAUUGAACGAAUACGAAAAUAGCAAAGAACCUUGUGACACAAUGAAAGUUGGACCAAACCUGAAUUCAAAAGGAUACGGAAUCGCUACUCGAAAAUAUUCACCGUUGAGUGACCAGAUGAAUCUGGCGGUACUGAUGUUAAUGGAAGAUGGUACAUUACCAAAGCUACAGAGGACAUGGUGGAAAGAUAAAGGAGUUUGUGCCAUUAGUUCCGAUUCUUCUGGUAAACGGGAACUUUCUCUGAGCAAUGUUGCCGGUAUAUUUUAUAUUCUUGUCGGCGGACUUGCGGUGGCCGUGAUCAUAGCCAGUAUAGAAUUUCUAUGCACAAAAACCAAGUUUUUAGAAAAGACAUCGUAUAUCAAGGCAACUGAAACUGUCACAACAUUGCUCAAUAAUGCAACAAUGGAUAGAGAAAAUGGUGACAUCGGAAAUGACCAUUCAAAUAACACAACAAAUUAUAGUGAAAAACAAGAGUCAACGUUUAAUUAUGCCGCACCACCACCAUGUAUAGGAUUUGAACAUUUUACACAAGGCCAAACAGAAUUGUGAUACAUUUUUAUUACCUUUGGAUACCCUUUAUAAAUUUCUUAGAAGUGCACAUAUUAAUAUCAUACAACAACGAAGAUCAGAAGCGACAGAAGUAUUGCCAGAAGUUUGAACCCGUGUCAGUGAUGGUGCGGGCAAAUUUAGGAGUAAUCGUUUUGUCAUAAGAGUUACAUCUCAUGUUGGUGCCAUUGUAUGCCCUUGCAUGAUACCCAUAUUGGGAACAAAACGCUCAAAUAAACAGCUAACCUUUCUCUUUGAUAUGAACUGGGUUUAAACUGGAUA